CCUACGGAAACAACAGUACGGGUAAAUUUUCUUUAGCUUUUCUUUAAAAACUUAAAAUAAUAGUUCUAUUUUAUAUAAUAUAGGACAUUGUAUUUUCAAAAUUUGUAGAACAAAGACAAGUAUAAAUGGUCGUACAUUCAGGAAAAAACAUUAUAUCAAUUGUUCGACGAAGCAAGUGCGAUGAAUAAUUAUACUCUUAAGAAUCCUACUGCUAUCGGUAGAGAGUAUAUGGUAGAAAAAUUUAACCAAGCAUUCAACAUGAAUAUAACUUAUGGAUUCUUCAAAAACAAACUUGAUGAAUUCAAAAAAAGUUACAAGAGGUGGAAGGUUCUUACGCAUAAAACCGGAAUCACGGUUGAUCAUGAUACAUCCAUGAUAUAUGCAUCUGACUCAUGGUGGAAGGAUCAAGAGUUUGGAUGCAAAGUAACAAAAAGCUUGAACCGAAAGCCACCUCAAUUUUGGGAUGUGAUGCAACGAUGUUUCAUAUUACAUGAUGUUCAAUCACAAUCUCAACACUCUGCUCGACAAAGAAGAGAACAGUUGAUGAACGAGCAUGCAAAUGAUGAAGAGGAUCAUGAUGAUUCAGACAGCGAUAGUGGUGACGUUCCACCUCAAAUUCCUGUGAUGCAAGACGAAGAAGAAGAAGGGUAUCAUGUUACCAUUGAUGACGAUGACACGAACCAAAAUUCUGCUCGUAGAGGCCAACAACGUGGGAGGCUAAAUUUGCAGUCAACCGCCAGACGUGGGAGUAAUUCACAAAGAUCUGGAGGAAGCUCACGAGUUUCUACUGGCAGUGGUUCACGAGGAACUCGUAGGAGACAAUCUUUUAAGACAACAAUACAAGACAACAUUGCUGGCUAUAGAGAAUUCCAACGACAAAGCUUUCAACAACUACGCCAUGGUGGUUUUGACCAAGAUGAUUAUGAUGAAUUUAAAAAGGCAGAAGCGAUAUUUAAUGAUCUUGACCUUCCCAAACAUACUCGAUUUUAUUGGGCCUGCAUUAAUGCACUUAAAGAGCUAGUAUUUUGGCGUAAGUAUUUCAUUGACAUAGCCUCAAGCACCGACGAGGAUAAGCUACAAUUGUUGGAAGCGAUGACUGGUGUUUCGCGGAAUAACCAAGAUGUGCCAAAACAGUUAGGUGAAGGCCAUUCAUUUGGGAGUCCCCAUUCAGGAGGUCUAUCAUCCAACAGUCCAUCUUCUGUGGGUAAUAAUUUAGGAGCGCAAAAUUCACCUGGUUUUUGGGGACCUGGUUAUCAACAAUGGGGAACACCGCCAAAUGCUCCACAGUGGGGCACACCGCCAAAUGCUCCACAGUGGGGUACACCGCUAAAUGCUCCAAAUUGGGGCACACCGCCAAAUGCUUCACAUUGGGGAACACCGCCAAACAUUCAAUCAUGGCAACAAACACAAAAUGUUCAACAAGGUGGAUCAUCAGGAACGAUUCCGGUAAAUGUUCAGGACGGAUUUUCACUUGGUGACCAAGUUGAAAAUACGAGGAAUACUCAACAAGAAGCUUCACCUAUCAUUCAACAAACAUCAUCAUCUGGUCUCGGUUUCACAAACUAUUUUGAAAGUGGACAAAUACCACAAACACCUAGACCAGGAGAUCUUUUCAAUAUUUAG